AUGCAGCUUAAGGAAACUACGGUUGAUAAAACUCAGAAGAAUGAAAGACCAAAGUUCGGAGUUGUAACAAUGAAAGAGUUUUGGAAUAAGAUAAAUCUCCAGGGGUGGGAGCUUAUUCAUAAUUAUAGCCAUUAUGAUAUUGGAAAAAUUUGGGUGAUUUUUGACAGUCUGAAAGUUGAAGUGCAGUAUCUUUCUAGGAGCAUUGAGGGGACCUGGUUUGUUCAAGGGGACUUCAAUGCAGUCCUUAGAGAAGAAGAUAGAUGUGGUGGUUCUCCUCUUGAUGAAGACCAUCUUUAUGAGCUCAGCAAUUGUGUCUCAGCAGCAGGUUUAACUAAGAUUAGAAGUGUGGGGUGCCAAUGCACUUGGAAUAAUAAUCAGUUAGGUAUUAACAGGAUUUGGAGGAGGUUGGAUAGAAUUUUUGCUAAUGGGAUUGUUAAUGAUAAUUUUCAGAGGAUCUACAGUGAAGCUUUACCCUGUGCCAUUUCUGACCAUAGUGUGAUUAUCACUAUCAUUGAAAGUUAUCAGAGGAGUGUUAGCAGGAAAUUUAAAUUCUUCAAUUUUUGGACUUUACACCCAGAUUUUAGAACUAUCCUGGAAGAAGAAUGGAGGAUUAAUUAUAGAGGGUUUCAUAUCUACAAGCUAGUGCAAAAGCUCAAAGCCAUCAACUAUAGAUUAAGUACGUUGAAUAGAAGCCAGUUUUCUAACAUUUCUAAGAAAACUGAUAACCACAUGGAGAUUCUGAACAGGCUGCAAGCUGAUCUUCAACUGGAUCCCACUAAUACUUUUCUUAUCGAUGAGGAAAGAGUUAUGUCCAAUCACUUUAGAUUCCUUUUAAAGUGUGAAGAAAGAUAUUUCAAGCAGAAAUCAAGGACCAAUGGCUCAACCUUGCUGGAGGAUGGCAGAGUGAUCACAUCCAAUCAGGAUAUUCACAAGGAAAUGACUUCCUAUUACAGAGACAUGUUUAGUAAAAGUGAGAUGCAGAGAAAGCACAUCAGCAGUAACUUGAGGAAUGGCACUAUCAUUUCUGAUGAAGAAGGUACUAUUCUCAUGAAAAGUAUCACUGAAGAAUAG